UUGAGUUUCUCUUUGGUUUGUUCAUGAUUCUCAGCUAAAGCUAAAGAUGACCAUAAAACACUUUAAGAUUGAAUAUGACGCCAUCAACAGCAGGAACAUUUUUACCAACGGAGAUACCAUAAAUGGACGGAUCAUCCUGGAGGCCUCAAAGAAAACAAAAAUCCAGUCACUUGUUUUUAUCGCUAAAGGGAAAGCUUUAGUUCGCUUAGUUAAUUAUUAUGGGGACAUCAUCAGCAGGGAGGACGUGACUGAUGAUUAUUUUCAGGACAAACUGAAAUAUUAUCGAAUCAAACAGGAUAUCGUGAAGGAAGGAGAACAAGAUGGAAGGGAAGUCAUUGAAAAAGGAAGGCAUGUAUUUCCUUUCAGCUUUAAGAUACCAAACAGCCGGAAAAUACCUUCAUCUUUCUCCUCAAUCUUCGGGCAAAUUGUUCAUACGCUGAAGGCAGAGUUAAAACAGUCAAAGAAGCUUAGGAGAAAAGCUAAAACCCACUUCACAUUUAUGGGCACGGCAAGAGGCAGUAGACUCAUGGCCCGCCAACAUGAAAGUGUGAACAAAAACAUUGUUCUUGGCUCUGGAAAGGUUACAAUGGAUGUCCAUACAAGGCGGAGUGGAUACAAACAAGGUGAGGUCCUCCGGGUCAAAGUUGAAAUUCAGAAUCUCUCAAGUCGUUCAGUCAAAGCCAAAUUUGUACUGUAUGAGAUAAAGACCUUCUUUGGCCCAAACCGAGGCAAAAUUCAGAAACAUGAAAUACAGAAGGAAAAGUCAGAUGCUAUUGAAUCGCAAUCUGGCCAAACCACUGUGAUAAAGGAAAUGAUCAUCCCUCGAGAGCUUUCCCCAUCCAUUUUGAACUGCUCCCUCAUCAGGCUAGAGUACAUGCUAAAGGUAUAUCUGGAAAUCCCAUGUGAGACAGACUUGGUUGUCAAACUCCCUAUUGUCAUCAUUCCUGAGCUGUCGAGGGAGGGGAGUACAUCUGGUUGUUCUAGAUCUCAAACAUUUGCAAGUCGAAACCAGCCAGCCUGGAUGUCACAAUCAAUGGAACCCCCACCUUCCUAUGAAGAAUCUGCUAUGUACCCCUUAUAUCCCUUUGGAGAUUUAUGAUCUUAAUUGUAAAUUCCUCCUCUAAUGGUAGCCUUUAGUAUGUCACACCAGCAGUAGCUGCACUGGUAUUUUUCCUCAUUAUACUGUAGUUCAUUCACUGGUCAAAUGUAGCUGCAAGUACUACCUCAAAUUCAAUGCACUCACCAUCAGUGAACUUGGCGAUUAAUUUAAUAAAUUAGCUAGAUAAAAUGACUUCAUUGAGAGCAUAACAGCUAAUACAAAAAUCCUAAACCAUGUAAUUAAAAAAAGGCUACAUGAUGGACUAGGGAUGAGUACAGAUUGGAGGCCUACUGUACUUCCUUCUCCCCGGAUUUAUGCAAUUAGAAGACAUUGACAAUUAGAGAUCAUUUUUCCAAACCAUGAUAAAUGGCCUGUACUUGUGUAUUGCUUCACACAACAAUCAUUCACUGUUUCACACACAAAUGAUGGAUGACACAAUGACUGAGAUGGACAGAGUUGGGGUUUGAAUGGAUAACCCGCCAGGUACAGGACAAACUCCAAACCUGUGAGCCACUGCUGCCAAACUGUUGGAAGAAUUUGAUUGUCCUUAAUUUUUCAAUGAAAAAAAGAAAUCUUCUUAUUUAGAAGUCCUGAUUUUGUGGAUUAUCCUGAUUCUUUUCUUGGACAUUGUGUCUCCUAAAAUCAGAAUUUUGUGCUAAACUAGAGUGAGAUGUUUAAAAAAUCCUGUUAGUUUGUAUAUCCCACACUGCAAAAAAAAAAA